ACAAGAUGGUUGGGUGGACAGCUUUUAUUCUGGCCUCACAGCUGCUGUUAAAACUCUGUAUGCACGUGGAGGCCCAGGCUUUGAUUUAUGAUCUGCUCACAUCGCCCGAUUGCUUGCCAGACCUGCUGCAGGGCGGUCUGGCCGAACAGGGGGUGACUGAGGCUUUCAUCCUAACCUCCUUCAAGCUGCAACCCAAAACUGGAACCACUGUGUUUACUCUGUACAACCCCAGGGACAACAGCAAAUACUUUGAGUUCACAGUGAUGGGGAAGCUCAACCGAGCUGUGUUACGUUACCUGCGGAGCGACAAGAGAACAAGCUCCAUUACUUUCAACAACCUGGUGCUGGCAGAUGGCCAGCAACACCGACUGUUGUUCCACCUGAAGGGGCUGCAGCAGCAGGGGCCAGGCGGGGUGGAGCUGCAUCUGGACUGCAGGCUGGUCGAGACGGUCAGGGAUCUUCCGGCUGCCUUCCGAGGUUUGCCUGCAGGGUAUGGUAUGGUGGAGCUAAAGACGAUGCAAGCCAGGGAGCAGGAGAGUUUAGACGAGCUAAAACUGGUGGUCGGGGACUCGUUUGAGAACGUUGCAUCAUUACAAGACUGUCAUUUCCAGCAAAGAGACUCAGUCCAAACUCUGGGGGUCAACACAAAGCAGCUAUCUAAUCAAAUGCAGGAGUUAACAAAGGUGAUAAAUGAACUGAAGGAGGUGCUCAUUCAGCAGGUUAAGGAAACCUCUUUCCUUAGAAACACCAUCUCUGAGUGUCAGGCCUGUGGUCUUGGUGGUAGUGAGGUGGUGAAACCAAGAUGUACCCCAGGUGUCUGUUUCCGUGACGAUAUGUGUGUUGAGACAGCGACUGGUGUUGAGUGUGCAUCCUGUCCAGACGGAUACACAGGAGAUGGUUUCAACUGUGAUGACGUAGAUGAGUGCCAGUUUAACCCCUGCUUCCCCGGAGUGAAGUGUGUGAACACCGCACCAGGCUUCCGCUGUGACGCCUGUCCACUGGGCUACGUCGGCCUGCCAGUCGAGGGCGUAGGCAUUGUGUUCGCUCAGACUAACAAACAGGUUUGUGAUGACGUUGAUGAAUGCAAAGGACCCGACAAUGGAGGCUGUACUCCGAACUCAAUCUGCCACAACUCUAUGGGCUCCUUUUACUGCGGCAGCUGUAAGACAGGUUUCACAGGGGACCAGGUGAAGGGCUGCGAGCCGGAGCUCAGCUGUGGAAACAGCCUGACCAACCCCUGUGACACCAACGCCCAAUGUUUUCGAGAAAGAGAUGGCUCCAUCUCUUGUCAGUGUGGAAUUGGCUGGGCCGGCAACGGAUACCUGUGCGGGAAGGACACUGACAUUGAUGGGUAUCCAGAUGAGAAACUCAAAUGCAAGGACCCAAGUUGUAAAAAGGAUAACUGCAUGUUUGUUCCAAACUCUGGUCAAGAGGACGCAGACAGGGACGGUAUGGGAGACGCCUGUGAUGACGAUGCAGAUGGUGAUGGUAUUCCAAACGAGCAGGAUAACUGUCGGUAUAAGCCCAACGUGGACCAGAGGAACAGUGAUAGAGACAACCACGGCGAUGCUUGUGACAACUGCCGCUUGGUGGAGAACCCUGACCAAAGGGACACUGAUAGCGAUGGCAAAGGGGACGCCUGCGAUGACGACAUGGAUGGAGAUGGUCUGAAGAACUUCCUGGACAACUGCCAACGAGUCCAGAACAGAGACCAGCUGGACCGAGAUGGAGAUGGAGUGGGAGACGCCUGCGACAGCUGUCCUGACAUCCCCAACCCAAACCAG